CUACCUCUCCACUGCUGUCUCGCGAAAAAACUCCACAUCGCCCUCCUCCAUAUAGACAGGUGGCCGCAUGUGCCGGGCCAUACGGUUGAGAAGGGCAGCCGCCUCCUCCCCCCACCGUCCGUAGCUCUCCGCCGACAGUGGGACGAUAGUAAAGUUGCUUGCUCUCGCCUCUGUGCCGUAUUUGCUGUGCUUCCUGUCGGCCGCGUUGCACAGCGCCUUGCCGUCUUCUGCUCCGUUCUGCCUGUUGGUGGCCGCGUGGUGUCUGUUGGUGAAGGGGUCGGGGCGUGUGGGGUGGGCGAUGGUGACGUCGCCGAGCCUGCCUUUUCCCUCCUCCACCCAGUAGAGGUCGAUCCGUUUGCCGUCUGGAUCGGUGGUGGCCGGGUAGACGCCCAGACGCGCCAGGUUGACCUCUCGGUCGACGGCGAUCUGGACGCUCCUGAUGAUGCGCCGCCACUCCUCGCACAGCAGGUCGUGCCGCCAGAUGCGCUCGUUGCCUGUGCCGCAGCAGAGGAGGUGAUCGCCGUAGGGGUCCAGCUGGGUGCCGCACGAGCAAGGGUCCGGUGCGAGUGAAGGGUGUUGGGUGGCGCCAAUCCUCAGACGGCAGCAGGUGACGAAAUCCUCGUUGAUGAAGCGCAGGCCCGGGUGUGCCGGGACCGUCGUCAGCCAGCCGCUAGCUCCUGGGCCUCGACAGCUCCUCAGCCGUGCGCGGUCUCUUGACUCCUCGCCGAACUCGUCCAGCAGGGUGUCUGCUUCGAUGCGCAUCAGGCUGGCCGUCAGGUCGUGUUGUAGCCGUGGCUUUGUGCGUCCCUCGAGCAGCUUGGCCAGUGUG